AUGUUUACACCACUCGCAGGACGAGAGUUUCCUUGUCAAGACCGACAGCAAAAUGGCCGAUCCUGCAACCCUUGUUGCUGUAGGAGGAGCAGUGGUGGGAGCAGCCGGUGCACUGGUGGCUGCACCCGCCAUACUUGCAGCAGCCGGUUUCGGAGCCGCCGGUGUGGCAGCUGGCUCAUUCGCUGCAGCUGCCCAGGCCACCAUGGGUGGCUUCGUGGCUAAAGGCAGCAUGUUUGCAAUUUGUCAGAGCUGGGGUGCAGCAGGCCUUCCCCUUGCCGCAAAAGGUGUAGCUGCCGCGGCUGGUGCGUGGCUUGGCUACAAUGUUGCCGACUGAACCACCUACGCAAAAUGCACUGAUUGGUGUCAGAGGUGCUACUUGAAGCCCAAUAAAAUUAUAGAAAAUUCAA